CAUAAAAAUUAGACCUGCUUUAUUUCCAAUUCAUUUAUUUGUAGGGCUCAAUCGCAUGAGCUUUGCGGAGCCACUAAUAGACCUGCUUUGUUUAUAAACAAAAAUAGUCGCUGUCAUUUUUCAUCCCCUCUCACAUCUUCCAUGCCUUAUCCUCAUACUGUCGAAAACGAACCACCUGUCAAUUCCAGCUCCUUGAUCAAAACAAAGUAUUAAGCGAAUUUUUCAGUUUGUUGUCGGCCGUUGCACAAAUGUGAAUGUUUUAUCGCGUUUGUAGUAAUAACGUUUUUAAACUUGAAUUUUUCUCAAUUGUAUGCAGAAGAGAACCCAAUAUGAAUCGACGUAAGCGAGAAAAAUCUCCAGAAGUUACUUCGAAUAAACGUUGUCGUAUACAAGAAGACAGCGAUAGUGAAAAUGAGGCGCAGUCCAGUCAAUUGCCAGUAUCGUCACAAUUGAGUCUUCCAUCAAACAUCGAACAUGCUAUUAUUCAUGAUAUAACUCAUAAUAUUCGAAGCGGUAAAGUUUUGAGAAUACAGCUUAAAAAUUUUAUGUGCCAUCGGAAUUUGGUAGUAGACUUCAACAAAAGCGCUAAUUUGUUGGUGGGUAACAAUGGUAGCGGCAAAAGUGCUGUUCUGGCCGCUCUCACGAUUGGACUCGGAUGUAGCGCUAAUAUGACCAAUCGCAGUAGCAGUGUGAAGCAAUUGAUCAAACAUGGCGAAACCCAGGCUACUAUUGAAAUCCAUCUGGAAAAUGACAGCUUUGAUGCGUUCGAGCGAAAUGUUUAUGGGAACAAAAUUAUUGUGGUUCGCACUAUAAAUGCUUCCGGUGCCACUAACUAUAAACUGAAAAGCGAAAGUGGCAAUGUGGUAUCAACAAGCCGGAGCGAGCUGCUCAAGUUAAUAUUGUAUCUCAACAUCCAGGUAGACAAUCCAGUAUGCGUGCUGAAUCAGGAUUUGGCGCGAUCAUUUCUGAAGGACUCUGACGAGAAGAAACAGUACACUUUGUUUCUGAAGGCAACGCAGAUGGAUGCAAUUAUGGCGAAAUUGAAUGACUGUACGCCAAAGCUCGAGAACGCAAAGCACAAUCUAGACUGCAACGAGAAAAAUUUGCGUCACAAGAUGCGUGAAAUCGAAGAGUUGCAGGAAAAGUACAGAAACCUUCAGUCGGUAGAAGAGCUUAAAGAACUAGUUAAAAACGCUCGGAUCAAAUUAGGUUGGCGUAAAGUUAUGAAUAUGGAAGCGGAAUGUACUCAGGUGGAGGAUCAAUUGCGGGAGAAGUUAGGUACGAUGAAGGAGUACAUGAAUGCAAUCCAGAACAGGGAGGCCAUAGAGAUAGAGAUAGAACGUACAGUUCAGCGUUAUCGAAACGAUAUCGACGCAAAGAAAACCACAUUCGGGGAAAUUAAGGAUAAAUAUGUCCAGGCGAGGCGGGUAGCACAGCAGCUGCUAGAACAGCUCGCCGACAAAAAGCGACAGAUAGUAAAAAUCAAGGAUCGCAUGACACGUCAGGAGGAAGAUAUUAAAAGUUUGGAAGUGGAUUUAAAGCAAAGGAGUGAAUCAGGGUUCAAUCGUGUUGUCGAGGAAAAGAAACGCAACGAACAGAUGAUCGUCGAAUUGUCGGAUAAAAAGCAAGACAUUCUAGUUAUAAUCGAAAACUCGAAACGGGAUGUGGACAAUCUUCAUAACACUUUAAAUCAAAUCUCUGACGCGAAAGAGGAGAACAAUCACAAAAGAGUGGCGAAACAACAUGAAAGAUCCAGAACGGAAGCCCAGCUGCGUCAGUUCGAAAGUUCGUCCCGUGAUAAUCUGUCGGUGUUUGGACAGAAUAUGCCGGCUUUUGUAGCCAAAAUAAAGGAACUGCACAAGCAGGGCCGAUUUACGGAGCUACCGCGUGGUCCCCUCGGACAGUACAUUAAGGUAAAGGAUAAAAAGUGGACCGCUAUGAUCGAGACAGUGAUCUCUCCCGGAAUGCUAACUGCCUUCUAUGUUAAUUCGGACGCUGAUCGGAACACGAUGAACCAGCUCAUUCAGCGGGAGUUCCCAGAAAUGCGUGGGCGUACGAUAAUCACCAGCAGAUUUCACAAGCAAGUGUACGACGUUUGUGAAGGCAGCGUCGGGGAGAUUCGGAACGCUCAUUCACUGAUGAAUCUGAUCAGUGUGAGCGAUCCAGUGGUUAUGAAUUGCUUGAUCGAUCAGGUGAGAAUCGAAACUAUUCUGGCGGUGGAGGAGCAAAAUCUGGCUAUUCACCUUACCAGUCAGUCAGAAAAUGUGCCGAGAAAUCUUCAAAAAGUAGUCGUAAUGGAACCGUUCUCGGAGUUUUUCCCCAUGCCGAACUACAGAAGUUACGGAUUGCAGAAACGGAAUGCGCGUUAUCUUCAGGUUAAUUUAUCCGAACUAAAGAAGCAAACCGAAGCCCGGAUGGUACACUUGGACGAAGAGCUAAAGGUACUAAAUCAACAUAUCGAGCAAGAAACUCGUAAACAAAAUGAGAAACAACGAGCCCUGAAUGAUAGACAAAGGCAACUUGCCAAACAACAGCAAGAGUUGAAUUCACUCGAGGUGAGAAUCAACGAACUGAAAGCGAUUGAGUAUCCAGCCGAGUCAGAGGAUGUUACUUUGCAAAACGAGCUGGAAGAGCUGAAAGCCUCACAAAUAAAACUAGCAGAAGAAGUUACCAGGGGUACAGAAAACAUGGAAUCAUUUAUGCGCGAGAUAUCGGCUCAAGAUCGCAAUGUUCAGGAGAAAAAGGAACAUAUGAGUCAGAUCGAAAGAGAGCUGCAGGUCCUGCAGGAACAAAUCGACGGUGAGCAGCAGAAACGACACGACAUGCAGACGAAUUCUAAGACAAAACAGCAGCAGCUGGAUCGACUUCGACAGGAAGUGCAAUCUCUGCAGGCGAAUCGCAAUGAAUUGAAGCAGGGACUCGAAAAUUCUACACAGGAGGCGCGAGAAGUAGGUGAUCGUGUGGAGGUAACAGAAACGCACGAUCAACUUAAGAAAACUAUUUCCUCGACAGAAAAUAAAAUAAAGCAUAUCAAUUCCAACAACGAUGACAUUAAUGACGUCAAAUCGGUGCUGGAAAAUAAGAUUAUGAAAAUGAACACUGCACAGCAGUCUACAGUUUCUUUGAAGAAAGUUAUCAAAGUUCUACAGAACUCGAGAUCGGCUCGAUACGCCUAUCUCCACAAGCUGAAAUCACACAUGUCCUUGCGUGUGAAGCACAAAUUUAAUUCUGUGAUGCAUUUGCGUGGCUUUGUGGGAGAAAUAGUCAUGGACACGAAGAAAAGCACUUUGUCGCUGUCGGUGGUUCCACGUGACAAAAAUGUAACCAACGCUGUUUCCAGCACGAAGUCACUGUCCGGUGGAGAGCGCUCGUAUUCAACGGUGGCUCUCCUGAUCGCACUGUGGUCCUGUGUCGAUACGCCUUUCUAUUUUCUAGACGAGUAUGAUGUUUUCACUGACCAGGUUAAUCGACACAUGAUGACGAUGCUGUUGUUGAAUGAGACGAAGAAGAGACCCGAUCGACAGUUUUGUUUUCUCACCCCGCAAGAUAUGAGCAACAUUCAGGCGAACAAUGAAUUGACGAUUCAUCGUAUGGCUGACCCGGAUCGAUGUUAAAUGAUCUGUGGUGAAAACGUGGAUACGACUCGUAUUAUCUUUGAUGUUCAGUUUGAAUUUCUUCCGAAUUUUCCAAAAAUGUGUACCUGAAGUGUACUUCUAUACAUAAACACCAUUGAAUUUGUUAAACGAUGACA